ACAGUGGCUAAAAGAAGUGAAGUCUGGCUUUGGUUAGCGCUUUCAAAAAACCAGCGGGUGCACACGAGUUUAGGAUCGAAUUUGUGAGAAAAUGGCCAAUUCUGGGCAGUUAGGCCAGUGCGGAACAUUCGCACAUUGUUGGUAAUGAUGCCUGGAGGUAGUAAAUGCGCCGCUGCGUGGUGCCGCAAUGAAUCGGAGAACGGCAUUUCCUUCCACAAGUUUCCUACGAACCGCAAGUACGUCGACCAAUGGAUCGAAUAUGCAAAUUGCCCAAGGCUCAAGGAUCUUCCAAGCAAGCAGCUGGACAGAGUCAGGCUGUGCGCCCUUCAUUUUACACCGUUUAUGUUCCUGAGGCCGGGGCCCACGGCAAGGGGCAUAUUGAAGAGGCUGAAAAAAUGUGCCGUGCCUACUGUCCCCGUCUACGACCCGGAGCUGAGGCCUUUCGUUCCACCAAAGUUUUACAAAGGACCAGUGGAAGAAGAAGGUGCACCACUGCCUUCAGCAAGCACUAUUCCGUACACAAUCCCCCUGUCACUCUUGCCUCCUCUUUCGUCGCUGUGCAUCGAUGCCUCUUCGCACUCUGCUUCUCCUGCAUCGCCUGCGGCCCUUGCCUCUCCUCCAUCCCCUUCGGCUCCUCCGUCCCCCUCCGUUCCUGUGUCUCCUGAGGCUCCGCCCUCCCGUGCUGCCCCACUGUCCCCAUCCACUACCUCGUCAACGCGGCUGAAGCAGAGGACGGAAGAGUUGACAGACCCUUUGCAAGCACUCUCACAGCAACUGUCAACAGAUCCGGGUGAGGAUCAAGAGCCCUGUCCUCAGCCAGCGUCCUUGCCUGAUGGCCAUAGCGACCAUGCAUAUUCUACUCCACUGUCACUGUCUGAUGGCUAUUAUGACCAUGCAUACUUCAAAAAGAACAAAGGAACAGAAGAAAACGAUGAAUCGCCGAAUCAGCAGCAGACACCAAAGCCACCACCAAAAAGGCGCGGUCGUCCCCCUUUCCGCAAGAAGGUCCGGCCAUUUGAAUUCGUGGAUGAUCGGCUAAGUAACGAUGGAGUAGGCAGUCCUCCAGACUCUUCGCAACUCGAACAGCUGCCAAGCCAUUUCAGUGACACAGAAAGUGUAGUAUCUAAGGAACUAUCUUCCCAUGAAAGAAGAAGCAUGUUGCGACGCCAUUACUGGACAGCGAGGCAUCAUUUUCUGCGUUUCGCUUCAAAGUUUCAAAGACCGAGAAGAGCGGUCAUGGAUCGUGAAAAGAUUGUAUCCAGUGCCGCCAAGUAUGUCAGCGGAGAAUUCCUGGACAUCUUGCGUGCCGAGCUUCGCCUUCCACCCCUAAAGAGCGUCAAGAACAAGCAGACAAGUUGCUCAAGCAAUCUGUUCGCUGCUGAGAGUGGAGGCGACUGCAGGCAGUUUCACAAUUUGACUUCAUUCGGCCCCGAGUCUCUGGAUGACCCACAAAUUUUCCUGAGCUCCUUAGAUGGUACAAAUGCGUCGACGCAAGUUUCUUGUUGGCAAGUUUCCGUUCCCACGGCACAAAAUAGAGCCAAAGUUCCUCACAGGCCCUCUUCUCAGAUUGCCACGUGACGAAAGCUGCUCAAGUGGAAGCUACCCUUGGAUGUGCGUUCCGCUGUUCUUGCGGCGUUAUGCUAUGGUAACUGUUUCUGCCACGCAGUUUACACAGCUUUUAGCAGGUCUUGAAGUUAAAAGUGUCUGUGACACAAACGCGUAUUGCUGCAUUUCAUUGCAUUGUCAGUUCUGCUGGCACUGCCUUCUUGAACUCACCACUUUACUCGUUUCUUAAAUAUAAAGAAAUGGUAAUACUGGAAUCGUUCAGAAAGCAGCAUUGUAAAAUUUUGUUGUCAUACAGAUGUUGCAUAUUAAAUGUUACUCUGAUCCACAUAUUGACACAUGACAGUCGGCUCUCAUGGCAGUGGGCACUCUUCCUCAGCCUCGGCGAGCGCUAUCCCUGCUAUCCAAAGCAAGCGUGAAAAAGCAUGCAAGCUGGUUUCGCUUAGCAGCAAACUUAUAACAGGUGCUAUAACAUGCUCAUUAUGUAAAGUGGAAUUACUGUACUUUGGAGGAACGGUGGCCAGUACAGUUUUAUUUGGAAACACUAAAAUAAAAUAGCUCGUCCAUUGAUGCCAUGGAUUAUUUUUUUUUGUAAUGUCCGUAAAUGAUUUUUUGGGCAGUUAAAAUGACACUGAACAAAAACAACUUUUUGUGCAUUGAUAAAUUACUAAUUUAAGAUACUAAAAACGCCACUCUUACCGCAAGAAGACGCUCGGUAAGUGAGAAAAUGCACGAAAGGAAAAUGUUGGUGGUGACGCUACCUUGUAGUUCCCGCUCCAAACACUGCGAUUUUAGAGAUUUCGGCGUCUUCUAGGCUGUGCAUAGUCGAUAAUCUGUAAAAAUGAAGUACAUUUUACUGCAAGGAGGCCAUAAACAUGACAUACAAAGUUUCAGGAAAUUUUGUUCGGCCCAUGUCACCAUAAUACUCAAAAUACCAUUUGAAAUUUUAUGUCAUGUGUGAAGAUUUCAGCUUGAAAUUUCAAAAUAAAAUUUUACCUUCAUUUUUCCUCUAAA